GCCCGCCUCCCUCCUCGGCGCUAGCCGAGCGCACAACUCGUCGUCUCUUCAGCUCAAGUUUCCAUCACCAUGUCGAUUGGGAUAGAUCUUGGUACGACGUAUUCCUGCGUGGCUGUUGUCGUCAAUGGCAAGGUCGAAAUUAUUGCAAACGAUUUCGGGAAGAGGAUUACUCCAUCCUGCGUCGCGUUUGUGGAUGGCGAGAACGAGCCGCUGGUCGGCGACGCCGCCCUCUCGCAAGCAACGAGGAAUGCAACCAACACGAUCCAAGAGGUAAAGCGGCUUAUAGGCCGUUCAUACCAAGACCCUUGCGUUCAAAGUGACAUAGCCAACUUAACCUACAGCGUGGUAAAUGUGGACGAUCAACCUCAAGUGCAGGUCCUGCAUGGAGGAAAGGAGCUGACCCUCACUCCAGAAAAGGUUUCCAGCAUGGUACUGCUUAAAGUAAAGAAGUUUGCAGAGGCAUUUCUGGGAAAGCCGGUGCAGAAAGCUGUGAUCACUGUUCCAGCAUACUUUUCAGCCAGGCAGCGAGAUGCUACUCGCGAAGCAGGUAAGCUAGCUGGGUUGGAAGUGCUUCGGCUGCUGCCCGAGCCUUCGGCCGCUGCCCUCGCCUAUGGCCACGAGAGGACGGACCUGCUGCAGGGGGCCACCACCACAGUCCUCAUCUACGACCUGGGGGGCGGCACCUUCGACGUGACUCUGGCCGUCAUCCAGGGGACGGAGGUCACCGUCCGCGUCAUCGAGGGCGACAAUCACCUGGGAGGGCACGACUUCGACGUCUGCGUUAUGAAGUGGGUUGCAGAGGAGAUGCGGUCCUCCCUAGGCGUAGACGUGGCGGACGAGCCGAGUAAGGUGCGCCGUCUGCUCUCGCUCUGCGAACGCGCCAAGAGGGACCUCACGGCGCUCACCAAGGCGGAGAUUGACCUCGAGUCACUGCUACCGGACCGCGAGCAAGUAGUGAAACUAUCGCGGGCCAAGUUUGAGAAUCUGUGUCAAGAUCUCCUCCAGAAGACGCUGACGUGCGUGAAAGCGGCGCUGGCCAGCGCAGAGAUGACUCCCGCCGAGGUGGACGAGGUGAUCCUGGUUGGCGGGUCGACUCGCAUGCCGGCAGUGCCGCGGCUGCUGGCCGACCUGUUCCCGGGCAAGAUGAUCCGCAGGACGGUGAACCCCGACGAGGCGGUGGCGCACGGCGCCGCGCUCAUGGCGGCGCAGCUGACCGGCGCCAGGGUGGCGGACCUGACGGCCGUGGUGGUCCAGGACGUGACGCCGCUCAGCAUCGGCAUCGACGUCAACGGCGGCACGUUCUACACCGUCCUGGCGAAGAACACCGCCAUACCAGCCCAGAAAAGCACCCGAAUGACGACCGCCUUUAAAAACCAACGAGCUGUGAGCAUCAUGGUCUACCAGGGAGAGCGGCAAGUGGCUAAUAGGAAUAUGUUCAUUGGGAAGUAUACUCUGCAGAAUCUGCCACCUGCUCCAGAGGGGCUGGGGGUGAUAAUGUCGCUGUCACUCGACCAGGACGGGGUCCUUCAGGUGAAGGCCCGUGUCGAGGGGAGCGCGCUGUGGGAGGGGUGCUUCCUUGAGCUACGUGAGUGCACGGCAUCAGAGGUGGAGGUUCACGCGGAGCUGGCGGCGCGGUGCCAACACGACGACGAGGCAGAGGCUCGCAGACUCAAGGCGCGCUUUAGGCUGCAGAAGGUUCUGGUGAACCGGAAGGAAGAGGCUGUUGAUGCAGCUGCUUUCCAGAUUCUGGAGGACUGGUUUGAAAGAAACCAAAAUGCUUCGCUCGCUGACUUCGAAGCCAAGCGUGAUGAAGCAAAGUCAGCGCUAGGCAAGCGUGGGUAUCAUUUUGAAGAGUAUGAUACUUAUAAAACGAAGAGAUUUUUUUAGAGCCGUGUCUCCCUAAAUGUUUUCGAAUAUCUAAUUUUAUUUUUGCUGUGACCUCCAACUUAAUUCGUCAUAUGUUUCGUACUUGGUUUUAAAUUAAAACUUAAAGUUUGGCAAUUUAAGCCAACA